GUGUCCAAUUUCACUUGUUUGUUUGAUUGUUCAAUAGUAUUUAAUAUAUUGAUGGCUAAACCUCUCAUACACAACAAUGAUAUUCGAGUCAAGCUCGGCCGACCUCAUUAUAAUCCAUGCUCAGAGGCACUUAGACCCAAUAAAAGGAACUUUCAUUCCAACGAUGGAUGUCUCCUAUCAAUAAUAACAGCCGUACUCAGAUUCUUAAAAAGCGUAGUGCUUUCGCAACAUUCAAUUGCACCGAUGUUCAACAUUGAUCGGCAACAUCUUGUAACCGCCACCCAUCAAUGCCUUAGGGGCUCCAUUGUCACUCCUAUACAACAUGUUCUCGUUUUAGACCUUUAAGGUAUGAAAUUCUAAUCGUAAAAACCUUUCAUUCCAUGUUUUCAUAGUGACUUAAACAUUAGAGUGUUUGCAACUACAUUCCCAUCAACUUCAACUUUAAUGGUUCGCUGCUCAACGUUAGCCGGUACCUAGAGGAGGUUAGAAGAAAAAGACAGAAGGGGAGGUAGUUAAACUAACCCAAUUAAAAUAUUGAAUCCUAGAUCAAUAUUAUAUGCUUGCAGUGUCCCAAUCUGUCAGAUAUCCAAAUUUAUUGCUCAGCACCUUAUCACGCUAACAUUUAACUGCCGCAUCUUUAUAUUUCAUUCAUUCAUUCCCAUCCAAUUCCUUUUGAAUUCAACCGUGUGUGUGAGUGAAUCCCUCAAAUUCUAUGGCCUCACCAACAUCCAAACCAGAGAAAAAACUUGUAGAAUUUCUAAAGGAGCAACAAGAACCUUUCAUCUUAGAACUUUACUUACUAGAAAAAUCAAAAUCAUGGAAUUCAAUCAAGAAUUUUGAAACACCACCUUCAAAUUCUGUCAUAAACAAAAAGCAUAAACCUUUCUUUCCAUUUUUUAAAGUUUUAUUAACAGCUUUACAUCAUAAGAAGAAGAAGAAGAAGAAACUUUUCGCAACGAUCAAAGACUCCAACACUACAAUCAAACAUGCCAACGUUGUUGAUAUCACUCAAGAAGCUAAGAACAACUUUGCUCAAACAACUAUGGAUCAAACAGAACGUUUUUCAACCGCCAGCAGCUCCACUAUGUUCUACUCAUGUUCAGAUAUUGAUGAUGAUGAUGAUGAUCAUCAUCAUGAUCAUGAGGAGGAGGAAGAAGACAUAGCUUCAUGUGUCGGCAACCAAAGCCAGCAAGAUACCAUCAACAGAAAGCACCGACAGAGAUGUAUAGAAGUGUGUGUGACACAUGAAAAAUUGAAUAAGGAUAUUUGUGUUUGUGGUAUGGUUGUGCCUAAGAAAAUGACAGAGGAUUCUUUAUUAUCAGCUGCACUAUUUAGUUCAAUUUUUCAAACAUCAAAGAAGAAUUAUACUAAACAACUGCAAGAGAUUCUUGGGCACAAGACAAAGAGGUUACUAUUUGAUUGUGUGAGAGAACUCACUAUAAAGCUGAAUAGAAAAGAUUGCAAAGGAUCAUCAACUGAAAAGUUGGGAAAGAUUAUAUGGGAGAGGACAAAAAAAUGGAGUCAAAGGGGUGGAAAUUUUGAGAGAAAUUUGCUGAAUUUGGAUUACUUGGAUUCAAUAAAUGAAUGGAGUGAAUAUAAGACAGAGGUGAAAGAUGUUAGUUUUGAGAUUGCAGAUGCAAUUUUGGAAUGUGUGAUGAAAGAUGAAAUUGUGUCAGAGAUGUUUGAAACUCUGACACCAACUACACAAUAGACUUAAAUUCUCUUUGUAAUAUCUUAUGUGUAUAUAAACCAUUCCUUCUUAAAUGUAUCUUUAUUUGAAUUGAAAAUUUGAAACAUCAAACAUAUGCAAAGGUUUCAAAAUGGAAUAUGGAUUUUGAUGAUUCUUUGUUGGUUUGAAAUAUAUGAUGUCAUUUAUGGAUAAUGAGAAGUUGAGAACCAAAUUUAAGUCUA